AUGAGGCCGACCGUUGUUUCUAUGGGAAAACACUUCGGAAAUCUUGGAAAGAUGUACGGAGAGCACCGUUUCGCGUUGGCUCCAAAUGAGCAGAAGGCUUACAAAGGAUUCUUCGAUCAGGCAUUUGUUAAAACUUUCAAAACCUACGUCUGGGACCAGUGGUAUUACUACAUUCCACAGACCAUUGGAGCCUACUUGCUCUACGAUUGGGCGAAGAAGACUAACCACGAAGCCAACCGAAAGAACCCAGCCGACUAUGCCAACGAUCAAUAA